UUUUACUAAAAUAUUGAGAUCGCUUCACGUCUAAGCAAAUUCUCAUUAUUCGACCACAGUACAGUACUUCCACCAUGAAACAUCACUUCGCCCACGGCGUCUCCGACGAAGUCAAAAUGGCCUUUAAUCUCGAAGUGGUGGUUGCCACGGUGGUCCUAGCUUUGCUUUUGCACAUCUUCUGGCGUUGUUGUUUCUCGUUUUACCUUAAUCACGUCAAGAAAUACAUUUCUUCUUGUUCCUCUUCAUCAGCCGCGGCCUCUGGCUUAGAGCCGUCGAAGAUCGCCGCCGUGGAGGAGAUCCUCAACUACACGUUCAAAGACAAGAGACUCCUCGAGGAAGCUCUGACGCACUCUUCAUGCCGCGAAGGCAUUUCGUAUGAUCGGCUCGAGUUCCUCGGCGACGCGGCGCUUGGAUUGACGGUUGCGAUCCAUUUCUUCCGCUUGGAGCCGAGGCUGAACUCCGAUCAGCUCACUCGGCUCCGAAAAAAGAGCGUGUGCAACGCGAGACUGGCGUACCUGGCGGCUAGGCUUGGGCUUUACCGGUACGUUAGGAGAAAAGACACCGCUAUCCUUAACCGCAACGUCAAGAUGUAUGAAGAUGCGGUGAAACAGGGAAAUGAUCAUAGAAAUUUCACGGUUCGGAGUCCGGACAUUUUGGCCGACGUCUUCGAAGCUCUCGCCGGUGCUGUCUACGUGGAUCUCGAUUUCGAUUCCACGAAAUUGUGGACGAUCUUUAAAGAUUUAUUAAUGGUGGAUCAAAUUAAGAUCCCAAAGGACCUCGAAUCUCGUAAGAUUAUUAAUGGAGCACAAGACAAGUUGUAUGGACUGUGUGGCAGGAAGAAAUGGGGAAAACCCAUUUAUACUUGCAGCCUUGUGAAGGAAGGACGUCCUCAACAUGAAACGACGAUGAUUUAUUCCGUCGAAAUAGAAACCGACGACGGUUUGCUCCGGCAAGAAGGUGAUGAAAAAUAUACUCCGAGAGACGCCCGCAACUCUGCUGCUUACCGUUUGCUUCGUUCCCUGCCAAAAUAUCCUAUUAUGUGAUUCAUAUGCUUUCUUACUGGAUCCUAUCAAUUAACAUAUACAUAAUGUUAUCGGACUCAAGUGAGUGUUGAAUAUA